UCCUUUCGCUGCUGCUCCUGCAGCUGGUGCUGAAAGCCAGCUCCCAAUCGCCGCCGCUACUGCCGCCGGAGGAGUCCGGGCCUCGCUUUGCCAUGGUGUCCUGGAUCAUCUCCCGGCUGGUGGUCCUGGUUUUUGGCACCCUGUACCCGGCCUAUUCUUCUUACAAAGCUGUGAAGACGAAAAAUGUGAAAGAAUAUGUUAAAUGGAUGAUGUAUUGGAUUGUGUUUGCCUUCUUCACCACAGCAGAAACACUCACAGACAUCAUUCUGUCUUGGUUUCCCUUUUAUUUCGAGUUGAAAAUCGCAUUUGUGAUCUGGCUGCUCUCUCCUUAUACCAAGGGAUCCAGCGUCCUGUACAGGAAGUUUGUUCACCCAACGCUCUCCAAUAAGGAGAAGGAAAUAGAUGAAUAUAUUAGCCAGGCCCGUGACAAGAGUUAUGAAACUAUGAUGCGUGUUGGCAAGCGAGGAUUAAAUCUGGCAGCAAAUGCAGCAGUUACUGCAGCUGCAAAGGGCCAGGGGGUUUUGUCUGAAAAACUUCGGAGUUUCAGCAUGCAAGACUUGACUUUGAUUCGAGAUGAUGACACAAUGCAUUUGCAAAGCCCUGAGUCACACAUGCAUACGUCUUCUAAGGGCCAUCUUGAAACUAUUGAUGAUUCAGGUGCAUCUUUUUACUCUUCAUCUGAGGACAUGGCUAUGACUCAGAGACAUAAUGGAACACAAUCUGAUUCUAGAACUGAACCAUCUGAUGAUGAUACAGGAGACAAAGUUCCCAAACGAACCCAGAGCCUUAAAGCUCCUAAGAAAACAAUAAAGACUGAGCCUCCACAGAAGGCAGUGAAAGCCCGUCCCAAGAAGAAAGCUACAGGCUCCACUGCUGUUGGCGAAUCAGCCUAAGGACAAUCCAACUGAAAAUCUUCUGCCACUGUGAGGGACACUCUCCAAGGAAUGGGAGCUGAGAUCAUGUACAUAACAGCUACUGCUUUGUAGAGCUCAUUCCCAGGCGAGAUGGUGAUUGAAAUUCGGCACACAGAUCAGAGGAUGGCCAUCCUCAGGAAUUAUAUACUCUUCAUCUUUGUGAUGGAAAAUGCUAAUCUGUCUGUAUAUAGCCUGUUGUUUUGGGAUUCCCUCUCCAUGUGUAACCCUAGUAGAGAAACUCUUUGCUGGAAUACCUCUUUAAUUAGGGUUAGAACCACUUUUGGCAGAGAGGCUGGUAAAAAAAAAUUGGUGCAAUUUGAAAUUCUAAUUUGCAUGGAGAGCUCCUGGUAGCUCUUCACUUGCUGUCAUGAUUUAGCUGCUAUGGGGAAUUGUUGGGAAGUGCCUGAAGCAAGGUGACUGGUACUGAAAACUAUCGUUUCAAAAUUGUCUCAGCAAAAGAAAGAAGGAGAAGUGAUAGUUUGCUGUAAACACAACAUCUUCGCUGUCCGUGAAGUGGGUUUUAGCAAAGAAUUUCUUGGCGGGGUGGGGGGGAUGGGCGGGCUUCAGUGACUUGAGGAAAAGACUAAUAGUGAUGAGAAUGAAAGUGGCUGGCUUUGCUACCAGUAUCUGGUCUUUCUAUGCAGAAGCCUCUUUUGCUUGGGUAAAAAUUAUUGUGACUUUGCUUAUGUUAAGUAUUGGAAAGGGGAAAUGUUUUUUAAAAGUAGAGGAAAGAUGACAAAACUAAGUGAAUCGUGGUUGGAGGAGGACAUAUGGGAAUGCCUGAGCCUAGAUCACUCUCUCCAAAGAGUUAGAAUCCUGAAUAAUUACAAUCAUAAGUAUCAAACCUUUGGACCCCUUCUUCAGAGUUGCCUUGAUAUUUUAAGUUUUAUAGAUUGGUCUGUUUUCUGUAAGAAUUAUUUCAAAGAAGUGGUUGCGUGAAAGAAGUUGGUCGAUAGUAAGCUGAAUGGUACAUAAGUUUCUGCUGGCUUUUGUUUGCAGUCAGAUUAUAAAUUGAAGUUAAUCAGCACAUCCAGGGAAGCUGGCCAAAAAUAAUAACCCUUUUUGGAGUUUUUCUGAGUGGCAUUUUGUAAUAAGUGGUAGGGACAUUUCCACUUAUUCUAAAUGUAAACAAUUGAUGCGACUACUCAGCUCUCAGGAAUUACUACUUUCUACCAUCCAGAUCUUCCAUUGUUCUCUACUUGUGCUAUUUACUUGGUAGAGACAGUACUGUUUGGUGUUAGAUGACCACAAGAAUUCAGAUUUUAUAUAGAAUGAUGAUAUUAUCUAAUUGGUAAUGAAACAUCUGCAAGAAAGCAACCAAGCUCAGAGAGAGACAACAGAAUUACAAUAAAAUCAAUGAAAGUAAUCCUUAAAAUGUACCAUUUCACAAACUUUAAAAUAAAUACAAUAAUCUAAAAUUAUGAAGUUAGGAAGCUUAGAUAAAUACUAGUGACUCUGGUUUUUACUAGGUUAGCUCCAUUUUAUGAAUACCAUGGACAUCAAGGCCACCAGUCUUUAAAGAUGAAGCAAAUCUUUGCCUAUUGGGUUUAUUCACAACAUCUUAGGUGGCAGUACCAACUUUUAGAUAUGCAACAUAACACUUCAAUGUGUUGUUUGAAAACUUUUUUCCUAGCAUAGGCUACUGAAUUUACUAAUUUUUAAA